UUCAAAAUAGUAGCUGAUUGGCUUACUCAUAACCUUUCUAGUGUACCAAAGAAUCUGUAACAAUAUCAUGUACCGAUGAACAAGAACAUUAUUUAGUAUUAAUUUUAAUUGUAACUUUAUGACAAUUUUGGUUGAAUUUCUUACGCCUCUGUAAUUAUUUCGAGAAGUAGGGUAUCUUUAAGCAACAAUUGACCAUGUUUUGUCCAAGCAGUGUUUUAGCGCAUUUAGCGAAAUUAAUCGUAACAAUCGGUUGUAUGAGAACUCUUAAUAAUCAUUAUGGUAAAGCAAUUACUUGGUCAGUUCGUGCCUUUCAAAUCCAACUUUUUCACUCGUUACUGGGAGUGCUCAGAUUUGGAGCUCCAUUUAUCACAUCAGCGAUUGAUAUUACAAAGUACUUAAGGAUCUCUUAUGACUGGUACUCCAAGAUCGUCGAUGUUGUACCUUUGGCAUUAUUUACGGCUAGUUUCCUACAUGGAUACGGUAUUAGUCAAAAAGUUUGGCUCACAGUAUUGUCUUUAGGCAUUUUGCCAGUAUUUUUUUACCUACAACCAAAGAGGAGAGAGAGUCAAAUGAGAAAACAUCAAUUGUUGAUGAAUAUUAUUUACACAUUACAGUUGUUAAUGAUUGCAUUGAUAGGUUUAAGAAAUAGUAAUUACAAUGUUAUCAGCUUAGUUGCCUCUUAUGUAUUCGAGCGUUUUUUUAUUGACGAAUUUUGUUAUUACUAUGAUAUACCAAGUACUGAUUUGACCCAGUAUUCUUUAUGUUUUAUAGAGAUCUUUACAGUUUUAACUUUGAAUGAGAUGUAAAUCAUUGUAUUAUCAUAUUUUUACAUAUUUAAAGAAAUAAACUGAAUCUUUAUUAUCAGCUGUUAAAAUUAACAAGUGUUCAAUAAAUUACAAAUCGUAAACCUCACAUCACACGUGACAUUAUCGGUUUAAACUAAAAUUAGAUAGCAGCGCUACGGAGAAGACAUAAAACAAACUUGUCAUGUAGUGAAACAUUAUUUCCAUGUAAAGUUCAGUGUUUGCAAAACUUCAGUUAAUUUACAUGGUUCGGUCAUAAAAGUUCAUAAAUAAUGUUCGGGUAAUGAGUAAUUAAUUCUUUUGUGUCAGCAUUGCGAUACGUAUAUGAGCCGCAUAUGUCAAUUCUACUGCACAUGCAAAGUGCAAUAUUUCGGCACUUUGACGACGUAGUAUGGUUCC